GGAAACCAGGAGAAAAGAACUGCUGAGGCAAAGUGAAGACAUGAAAGUGUCCCUUUUGCAGAUGGAGGACACUGUUCUGGAGAAGCUGGCUAAAUCCAAGGGUGACAUCUUGUCUGAUCAUGAGCUACUGUCAUCACUGACUGAAAUGAAGGCUUCAGCAGAAAAGAUCAGCAAGAAUCUGACUGAAUCAGUUGGUUUACAAGCAAGUUUGGAAGCUGAAAGAAACACUUACUUGCCUCUGGCAGAGACAGGAGCCAAUUUGUACUUUGUGAUCCAAGACCUUUUGAAGAUGAACAACAUGUACAGGUUCUCACUUGGCUGCUUCACUGAGCUGUUCCAAAAGGCCUUGCAGACUGGAGAUAAGAGUACUGGCAACACUGAGCAAAGAGUGGAAGGCCUGAAGCACAGCUUGCUUGUUCUUGUGUAUCACUAUGUCAGCCAGAGUUUGUACAAGAAGGAUAGAACCAUGUUUGCCUUGCAUUUGGCUCAUGGUAUGAAACCAGAAAUGUUUCACAACCAGGCACCAGCUGGUGUGAAGAGGAACUUGAUCAGGACUUAUGAGGGCUGGAACAGAGAAAUGAAUGGGCGCCUGGGAAGCAGUGUCCUGAGGGCCAGGUCUCUUGCAGCCCUGGCCUGGUUCAAUGCUGUGGUCCAGGAAAGGCGCAGCUACAUUCCCCAGGGCUGGACCAAGUACUACGAAUUUUCAUCUGCUGAUCAACGUUGUGGGGUGGACAUCUUGGACAGGGUCCUGACUGAGGCCCAAAGAGGAAGAAGAGGAGUCAAGUGGGAAUUCAUCCAUGAGUUGUACUUGAAUGCAGUUUAUGGAGGCAGAGUGGAGAGCAGUUAUGAUUUGCAAGUCAUGGCAUCUUAUUUGCAAGACUAU